CAUAUUUCCUCCUAUCCAUUCUUUGCAAAAUCUGGACUUGGUCACUUAAUUAGCCCUCAAGUGUCAAACCAUAGUGCUUUCAUUGCCUGUACGUCCGCUGGAACGCGGCUUUCUCUAUAGCCGGCCACGCGCACAGCAACGCGGGGUUCCCACCGUUUGACCCCAUAGAACCCGGUCGUUUACCGCCGUUUGGACUGCCUCGGCUACCUAGCAUACUGGCCUCAUAUCCAAAAAUGGAUUCCCAAGUAGACAGGCUCGUGGACAAGAUAUGGGGUAAAUUUCAAGCCACGCCCAGUGAUGCACGCUUGAUGAUCGCAGUGAGUGGGAUCCCGGGUUCCGGGAAGACAGAGUUAGCCAUCAUGAUGGCCAAUCGCAUCAACAGCCUCUAUAGCACACAACAUCCAGGCUCGCUACCCGUCGCGACGGUCGUUCCGAUGGAUGGAUACCAUUAUACGCGGGCUGAAUUGGCCCAGAUGCCCGACCCGGAGUACGCCGUCGCUCGGCGCGGUGCGGCCUUCACGUUCGACGGGGAGAAGUUUUUGAAACUGGUACAGGCCUUGCGGGAUCCGUUGACGCCGGAGUCGCAAAGUCUCUACGCGCCCAGUUUCGACCAUGCGGUCAAGGACCCCGUGGAUGGGGAUAUUGCCAUUCCGGCCAGUCGCAGGGUCAUCUUCUUCGAGGGGAAUUACCUCAGUCUGAACAAAGCGCCGUGGAACCAGGCGGCACAGUUGAUGGACGAGCUCUGGCUGGUUGAGGUCGACUUCGAGGUCGCUCGGAAGAGACUGGUUCAAAGACAUGUCAAGGCGGGGAUUGCCCCGAACGAGGCCGAGGCCAACAAGCGCGUAACGGAGAAUGACCUUGUAAACGGCAAGGAGAUCAUCGAGGAGCGAUUGGACGUGCAGGAAAUCGUUUCGAGUAAUUAUGACCCUGGGUGGGACCGGUAGAGGGGUGUUAUGGAAUUGACGACAAUGACAAUGAAUGGAUAAAGAUCAUGAAGAUUCAAGCUAUAUAUGUUUUUUUGCGUUUGCGUUUGCAGUUCCGGAAAAAUCUGCAAGGUUCUUCUCGACAAGAGAGUUAGAGAGAGUUAGAGAGAAUUUGAGAGA